AUGCGCCGUUCCAUUCACCUGUGGCAGGGAAAAGGUCUGCUUCAUCGGUGGAAGGUUUGUCUGCAUGGUAAAGAGGAACUGACGAAGGAAGAAGUCCUACAACUCAUGCAGGAGACUGCAAAGGAGGCACAAUCAUCUGAAAAUAAACGAGAAAAGUCUCUUUUGGGUAAACGAACUCAUUCAAUGUUAAUUUGGAAAGCACUGGAAAAAUACAAUAUUAGUUGGUCAAAUUGCUUAAAGCUAAUAGAGGCCCAGUUGCAUGCACUUCCAUUGGCACAACGAAAGUUUAUAGAAGAUGGCCUCAAGGAUGUGGAAUCAUGGCAUUCUUUACCGCAUACUAUGGUAGAAUUGUGGCAUUUUGAAGAAGAUCUAUCCUCUGUUUAUUCUCGCCUUUUAGAGGCUCGCACAAUAGUGCAAUUCGCAUCUCUACUACAUGCUGCUGUGGGAGAGCGACCACAACUUGGGGGUAUUUUGCCUGUAACUCCAGAGGUCUUGUUGCGAUGUUAUGAACUUGGAAAGGAUCAACCAGAAGUAGCGCUCCAGUGUUGUCAAAUAUUAGCUUUAGCGAAUGCAGAAGUGGUAUCGCGAUUGAAGAAAGAAACGCUAGCCUUUGCUUAUGCCAUGUUACAUGCAGAACGAGGUCAGUGGAGUGUUGCUUUGUCAGUACUAAAUGCCACACGUGAAGUGCGUCCUUCUGCUAAACGACUUUUUUGGGUACACGCUUUUCGCCUUAAUCAAUGGAAGGUGGCGCUUACAACUGUGAAUUCAAUGCAGCCAAAGGAAGUGGCGGAUGCUAUUACGUACGCACCCCACUGGUUAUGUGCAUUACGAACAUUUGAACGAUGGAACUCACCAGAGUCCGCACAGGCAUUACUUACACGGGCAGAUUAUAUUCAAAAUGUUGGCUGGGAAAAGGCAUUAUCACUAUGUGCUGCAAACCGUGUAUAUGCUUAUAGUGUGCUACGCCCUAUUAUCGCUUCCAUUCCCAACAAACAUCCACAACGUAUGCAAUUGUACGCAGAUGCUAUUGCCCCAAGUUCAGAAUCUAUGUACGCAGGAACAUUGACGCGGCGAGCCUACAAGUAUGUCCAGAAUGGUGAAUGGGAACAAGCCAUUGGAUUAUUAUGUGGAUGUCGUUACUAUGAUGUUGUUUUACCACUGGUGCCGUACGCCUCUCGAGGAGCUGCAUUACCUCAUGAAUUAUUAUCGUAUGAAGAAGCUGUUCACCGUAUAAAGAUAUCCCAUCAUUCGAUGCGUGCUGUAACCUUUGAAGAACAGUUGGCAAUUGCUUUACAUGGAGACUGGACUCAACUGCAGAAUGUAAAGGAAAACGCCCGAUUACGUUCUUUACUUUUGGCAUGUCGGGCCAAUCACAUUUCUUGUACAAAGAAGACUGAAGAGAAUGAGGGAAUACAAUGCUUUAUGUUUCAGAAUGAAAAAUUUUCUAAAUUAGUUUGCCUUGCUGCAGAUAAGAAAGCACAACGGUAUUAUAUACAAGUGAUUCCUCGUGCCUUACGUCAACAUCAUUUUGGAACAUUAAGAAUAUCUGAAAAUGAGUCAACCAAUGACGAAGAUUAUUUAAAAUUCCUCUCUUCUGAUUAUAUUAUAUCUAAGGGAGAGGAAUGUAAUACUCUUUGUGCCAUGGUGGUACAAUAUCUUCGAAAAGGUGGAGAAUUAAUGGCUCACACAUUUUUUCGAGAAAUCGCACGUUGUCUCGCUAUGGGAAAAAUCUCUCUGAAAGCUGCAGAUCGUUAUGAAUUGUCACUUGCAGUACUCAAAUCAGCCAAAUAUUUUCACCGUAUGGAUUCUGCUACAACAGCUCGUAUGGCACUUUCAAUUCCUACACAACAUCUUACUACAAAUACGGAUGCUUUAGAAAUCAGUAUAAAUGGUUUGAUAUUAAAUGGACAGUGGGAACGUGCUAUUUCACUCUUUCAACGAGUAAAUCAACCCUAUCCUGAAUUCUUUACAAAUCUUGUAUAUGUAACUCCCAGUUCAGUGUCAAGGAAAGUAUUAAAACUUCUUUGGAAAGAUAAUCUAGAAAGUCGAUGGGUACUUCUUGUGCAAGACCUUUUUCAUGGUGAUACUAGGCUCGCACAAGAUGAACUGAAGAGUUUUAAUUCUCAAAUAAAAGGAUUUCGUAUACAAAAGCAGGUUCAGCAACGUCGACGUGUUCUUGGCGCAUGCUGUGCUUUAAUAAAAACUUCUCAAUCAAUGCAUUCUCUUGUUCGUUCUGCUAAUAUUUCUUCAUUUUCUUCAUUAGAUGUGGAUGAACACGGAUUACAACGACUCCUUCAAGUAUUAUCAUGGGAACAAGCACUAACAGCUCUUAGUGAUCUUGUGGAAAAUGGUGAGAUUGUGGAAGAACAUUGGGCAAUUCUCGUGUGUGGAAAACCUUCUGUUUCUCUAGAAGCAGUAAAAAAGGUUGUAUCCUAUUGUCCAUAUUCACCCUUAUUGCAUGCUGUACUUAUUCAUAAAGAAGCUAUUGAAAAUAAUGAUCUUUUAACCUCAGUGAAAGCUCUUCUGCGUUUUCAAACAUUAGUUUUUACAGAAUAUAAAGCUUAUAUGGGUUAUCUUCGUCCUUUCGUUUUAUUCCUGAAAGAUGUUUUACAACAUUUUCCGGAUGAAUUCUGGAAAAAUGAUUCCCUAUGGUCUAUUGUCCGCCGGAUCUUUAACCAAACAGUGGAAAAUGAUAAAUUUUCAUUUAUCGCAAGGGAAGGUAGAAAGGGUAUUCCUAUGCCCCUCCGUAAAGAAGGAGGUCUUGCUGCACUUUUUAUUAUUGGGUUUGUUUAUCAAGCAUUAAGUCGCGUUUUGCAAUUUCCCAUUUCAGCUUCUAUUACUUCACGUUUACUUCGAAGCGCUGCAUUAAAUACUAGUGAUUCUCAGAGUGCAUUGUAUUUUUUUAAAAGUUUAAGAAAACCAACAGAUUAUGAGAGAUCACUUCUCGUCUUUGCAUUACGAAAUAAUGAAGAUGCAAUGACAAUCUUAUUAAACACAGGACGCUUUGUACGUCCUAGACCAGAUCAAGUGCUUUUAUGGAGUGAUCAACAGCUUGGAGAAGAGCGAUGGCGUGUUGCUAUUGAAUUACUCUCUGAAUCACCACCACAACAGGAUCUUUUAGUGAAACUAUGUGCAGGCUGGACGUGGGCAGAAAACCUCCGCACAUUAGAAUUACUCCGGCGAACGCACGGAAACUCUAGUCUGGCGGCGCCAUAUGUUAAACUGGUAAAAGAUUUACAAAAGAAAAAUAAACACUAA